AUGGCCCCGCUAACAAGGGCCCGGCCCGGGGGUGGCUUGGGCAGCGCGGCGUGCCUCCGACUGCUCGUCGGCCUCCUGGUACUAAAUUUACUUUGUGAAGCUUGCAAGAAGGUAACUUUUAAUGUGCCUUCUGAACUAGAGUCACGGAUAUUAAUUGGCAGAGUAAAUCUGAAACAGUGCCUUAGGAAUUUUGACCUGAUCAGUUCAAGUGAUCCUGACUUCAUAGUUCUACAAGAUGGUUCUGUAUUUACAACUCGUGCUGUUUCUUUGUCAUCUGAAAAGAAAACGUUUACCAUACUGCUUAAGAACUUGCAAGAUUUUCAACUAAAGAAAAUACACAUCAAUUUGCUACCACAUCUAAAACAGACACACAGAACAGGAGAGACUGUUCUGAGACGAACUAAACGAAGAUGGGCUCCUGUUCCAACCAGUCUGAUAGAAAAUCAUCUGGGACCUUACCCAUUGCAAAUUCAGCAGCUCGUCUCUGAUACAGCCCAAAGGUACAACAUCACCUAUACUAUAAGUGGCGCUGGUGUUGAUCAACCACCACUAAAUUAUUUUUAUGUUGUGAAAGAAACAGGAGCUCUAAUGGUUACUCGUGCAAUAGAUCGGGAAGAAUAUCCAGAAUUUAAGAUAAUUUGCAACGUAAGGGCCUUAGAUGGCUCUACUCCAGAGAGACCACUUGUACAUGUAAUCAGAAUAGAGGAUGAUAAUGACAACCCCCCAAUUUUUACUCCAGAUACUGUUACUUUUAUUAUUCCUGAAAGCAGCAAAGCUGGCACUAUAAUUGGAGAAAUGACUGCAACAGACAGAGAUGAAGCUGGUACUUUGCACACGGACCUGAAAUACAGAAUUGUGAGCCAGGAACCUAUAACUUUUCAAGGCGUCUAUACAUUUAAUAUAAAUCGAGAUACAGGUUAUAUUACUUUGGCAACCCCAACCCUGGAUAGAGAGACUAUAGACAGAUAUAUAAUACUCAUAGAAGCAAGAGAUAUGGCGGGUCAGAGUUUUGGAUUGUGCAACACUGGAACAGCUAUAAUUCAAGUUGAAGAUUCAAAUGAUCAUGCACCCUUGUGUGAACAUGGCAUGUAUGAAGCAUAUGUUUCUGAAAACACAGUUGGUGCAAAAGUAGUGGACAUUUCUGCCAUAGACAAAGAUGCACAUGGAACACCAGCCUGGCAUGCCACCUUCAACAUUAUAAAGGGAAAUGAAGAUGGCGCUUUCAGAAUUGAGAGAGAUCAGAAUUCAAAUAUUGGUACUAUAUGUAUUGAAAAGGGACUAGACUAUGAAAAAACCAAGGAGAGAAGAUUGGAAAUAGUUUUGAAUAAUGAAGCACCUUAUGCUGUAGCACCAAAUGCAAGAGCAAUUUCUACAAGUACUUGCGUUGUUAUUGUCAAAGUAUGGGAUGUGGAUGAAGGGCCCGUAUUUGAUCCUUGUGUAUAUAUCUUAAAUAUUAAGGAAAGCUUGCCAGGUGGAACACUGGUUGGGGAUUACAGAGCAAGGGACCCAGAAACUGGAAAUAGUGAAGGCAUAAGCUAUAGAAUACUAAAUGAUCCAUGUAAAUGGAUCACUAUCAAUGACGCAGGCGAGAUCAGAACCACUCAACUCUUGGACCGGGAUCUACCAGAUAUGAGAGCGUACCAGUGUAACGUAACAGUAUCUGCAACUGACCGAAGUGGUAAAACAGGCACUGGAGUAGUGGUGGUUAAUCUACUAGAUGAGAAUGAUAAUUUCCCAGUGAUAAUGCAACCAAACUACAUAAUGUGCAACGACAGAAAACCAAUUUGUCUUACUGCCGUGGAUGCUGAUAUAUCUCCUCAUACAGUUCCUUUCCAAUUUCAACUUCCUGACCAGAUGAUUCCACAGUGGAGACUAACGCCACAUGAUGAAAAAUCUGCGUAUCUGGAACCAGUGGGCUACAUAGAUUAUGGUGUAUACACAAUUCCUGUCCAAGUAACUGAUAUUGCAGGCAAAAGUGGAAUCAGUGAAGUAACAGUUCAUGUGUGUGAUUGUACAAUCCCCAGUGAUUGUCGUUAUCAAGACAAGCAAGGAACACCUAAUGUUACUCUUGGUAUUUGGGCCAUCCUCGCAAUGGUUUUAGGAUCGUUAUUGUUGUUGUUAAUCCUGAUAACACUUUGUGGCUGUUGUGGUGGUGGUGGAUUUUGUGGAGGUGCACCUGUGGGCACUACUAAGCAUGUGUGUGAUGAUUCAGCUAAUCAGAACUUAAUCAUAUCAAAUACUGAAGCACCUGGAGAAGAGGUAAUGGACCCCAAUAUAAUUCCUGUGAAAACAGGAAACAUAGUUACUUGUGAUCAAGGGGCUAUAAAAAAUGGGGGACAAGAAUGCUUUGAAAUGCUCAAGGGACACCAAACACUGGAAUCGGUUAAGGGAGGAGGCCACCACACCUUAGAAUCUGUCAAAGGACUGGGACAUCAUACCUUAGACUACGGAAGGGGAAAUGGACAGUCCAUGGGGGAUACAUAUAGAUACAAUUAUUCAGAAUGGCAGAAUUUCACACACCCUCACCUAACUGAGAAAGUAUAUUUGUGUGGACAGGAUGAAGAGCAUAAGCAUUCUGAUGACUAUAUCCUUUCAUAUAACUAUGAAGGAAGAGGAUCUCCGGCAGGCUCUGUAGGCUGCUGCACUGAUCAGCAGGAAGAAGAGGCGCUUGACUUUUUAGAUCAGCUGGAACCCAAGUUUCGGACAUUAGCAGAAACCUGUGUGAAGAGAUAAGUCUGCUGACGACUGCAGAAAACCAUCGCCCUUUCCCACAGGGUAGCUGUUUUAAAACUUGAAUACAGCAGAUUUUUCUUUCCUUUUUCUUUCUUCUCAUGGGAGUGGCUAAUGAAAAUACAUUCUAACGUCAGGUUUAUCAGUAUCAAGCUUUCUGUACCAAAACUUCUGGGCGCUGUUUGCUAUUUGUUCUAAAUAUGUACUCUCUUAGAUUUACAUUGGAACAUCUAUUUUUUUUAACCGAAGUUACAUUGCUUUCUUAAUAGCAACAGAUUUUCUGGUUUUCUGUGCAUCUACCUUUUACAGGAAGGUGAAGUGUAUUCUUUACCAUUUUAGUAACUAAGCUUUUAAAAAGAAUAUUACUGGUUGUUUGGGCCUGGGUGGUAGUAAGCUUUGUUUUGAUUCAUCUGAAUCUUUCCUUUAGUUUAUAGAAAGAAGUGUUAAAAUAACUACUGCUGAAUGUUAAAAUAGUUGCUAAUUUCUUAUAUACUUAUGAGACCAAAGUUUUUGUUUUGUUUUUAAGAAUUGGGUGAUUGAAUUUAAGCAACAAAAUGUUACGGCCGACCAUGCCCUUUCCAAGUUCCACUAUUCCACUCCCCCCCCUUUCUGGGUUUUCCCCUACUCAGUCCUCUCUAGCCACUGAACAUGCUCAGCCUCUCCAGCAGCAGAGGCAGUAAGCUUAUGUACACCAGUUGCUGGGGAACAUGAGUGGGAGUGUGCUGUUGCACUUGUGCCCUACUUGUGAGCUUCCCGUUGAUAGCUGGUUGAACACUGUGUGAACAGAACGCUGGACUAAAUGGAUCCUUGGUCUGAUCCAGCAUGGUUCUUCUGAUAUUCUUACAUCAUUGGGCUGGUCAGUAAGUUUUUUC